AUGGCCCCGACGCUGAGAAAGCGAAAGCAGGGACCUGACAAGCAAAUUCCAGCUCAGGUGGAGGCAGCCCGUCCGCCAAGGCGCAAGCAGCGUCUCACGCAAGCUAUACCCUCUCAGGGGCUCGAAGGUCCAAGUUCAGCAGCAUUGAUGGACGUUCCGUUCGAUAUCUUUUUCGAGAUUUUCCGCCAUCUCUCCCCGAAAGAUCUGCUAAACUUGAUUCUUACGAAUAAACUCCUCAGGGCUACUCUUACACAUCGCAGCAUGGAUGUAGUUUGGAGACAAGCACGCAAAGGCAGCGCGAACCUGCCUGUUUGUCCACCGUACUUACGCGAACAUCACUACACCGACUUGAUCUUUGGGCACCAUUGCCACCAAUGUGGCGCCAAUGGCCCUGAGGUCAAAGCCACCUUCGAGUUCAGCGCUCGCUAUUGUCAUGAUUGCCAGCGUGAUAUGAUCGUUGAAAAGCCAUAUAACACCUCACAGCCUUAUUUCGACUUGUGCGUACCACUUCGGAAUCAAACUUCCUCCAUGGGAAUCUAUCAUAGACCAGAAGUCAAUCGUAUGAAGGUUCUGUGGCAGCAGGCGCGUACUGGGGAAGAACAGGCGGCGCUGAUAACGUUGAGGAACACUUUCCUUGACCAGCACGCGGAUCACGUCGACGCGUGCCAAAGGUACAUCCAAGUACAGGAGAAUAUUUAUCGUGCACGGCAGCAACGCCUGAAGGAUGACAGAAUUCACAGCAUCUGUCGGCGCCUUGAUACGCUUGGCUUUGAUACUGAGAUAUUAUGCUCUAAGACGCAGUUAAAUGCUCUUCCGAUGGUGGGUGUGGCAGAACGGUUGACUGAUGCAGAUUGGGAAAAAAUGAAGCCCAAGCUCGUUGUGUUCAUGACUGAACGGAAAGAGUGUAGAUUAAAAUGGCAGCGUAUCCACGCGAUGAAAGCAAGACUGGCAUCGCUGACUGCCUCGCUCAAGAAAGCGCGAAUGUCACUCGAAGAAUAUGAUGCGCUCCCUCACGCAGCCGAUCUCAUUUCAUUUACUGAGAUUCGCACCAUCGUCGAGCUCCCUGACUCCGUCCACAUUCCGGGUGAGGCAUUUGAUCAAAUCCUGCCCGACCUCAGCGAGCGAUGGCAAAAAGACGUACUUGCACGUUUGAAGACCAAGUUUCCGGAUAUCGCGUCGACGUCUUGUCGUAGGAAGGCCGUGCCGUUUCAGGACCUCGCCAAAACUGCAUUUCAAUGCUCGUCAUGCCGACGCGUGCUGUUCUGGCCCAUGGUGGCAUCACACUAUCACUCGCCGAAGACGAUACGCCCAAACAAUUAUGCCUUUGGCCCGUGGCGCACCGAUUAUCCUCCGCUUAAAAUCCCGGUUUUUGAUGCCGCCGUACAAGGAGAGUUUCGCAACCGAAAGCAGUGGACGACUGCACCUAUUCGCCUUUACAGGGAGCAGGCCGUGCAGGUUAUCAACGCUUGUGAGAUGAAUCCAGACACGGUGUCUAUAGCCGAGAUGGAUGAGCAGGACGCAAGGAUAUCGUGCAGGCUUUGCAGUGUGCCGGGAGAAUCGAAACUCGUGAUGAGUUGGCGUGCGGCGAUGUCUCAUUGCUUAACAGUGCACCGCUCCCAGCCGGUAUCUGAGAUUCAAUGGGACCAAAUCAGUGCUGCACAAGAGAAGAGAGUGAGGAGUCUGGAGAAAACGCGCAGGUAUAAGUCUCUUACCGAAUACAAUGCGCAACCCGCAUGCUGUGCCCUCUGCAAUUACGGAACUUCCUCUGCAUACUCAGCGCCGACCAGCAUAGCCGAUGUCCAGAACCAUCUCCGUGUUUCGCACGCGGGAAAUCAAGAUCCGAAGGCGAUCUACAUAACGAAAGACACACCGCCGUUUGUGCCCCUCGCGGUACGGUUGUACAGUAAUGCGGUUACUUCGACUGUGAAGGCCGACUACCAAGUACUGGCCCUGUUCAAAGACAAGCUUGCUUGCUCCGUUGCGAAACUUGAUUGA